GCUCCUCCUCUUCCCCUGGCCUGCCGCACACACCCAGGCUGCUCCGCAGGCUCUGGCCGAGGAACGUGCUUCCCCAGACACCAUCCUCAGUUCUGACAUGACUUUCCGCAGCUCGCUGAGUUCCACUGCCGGCUGCCACAGGCGGGUUCCGGGACGGCGCUGAGGAGCAGCGGCUCAGGGAAAAGCGUCCGUGUCCAGAUGUGCCCUGCCCUUUGCAUACUUGGCAAGAGGGAUUUCUCGGGUGUGACAACGAACACCUGGGUCCACCAUGAACUGGGGGCUCUUCGAGGCGCUCCUGAGUGGGGUCAACAAGUACUCCACGGCCUUUGGGCGCAUCUGGCUGUCUUUGGUUUUCAUCUUCCGCGUGCUGGUGUACGUGGUGACGGCCGAGCGUGUGUGGAGUGACGACCACAAGGACUUUGACUGCAACACCCUGCAGCCGGGCUGCUCCAACGUCUGCUUUGACCAGUUCUUCCCCGUGUCCCACGUGCGCCUCUGGGCCCUGCAGCUCAUCCUGGUCACGUGCCCCUCGCUGCUCGUGGUCAUGCACGUGGCCUACCGCAAGGCUAAGGAGAAGAAGCACCGAGAGGCGGCUGGGGAGGGCUGCGGGCGCCUCUACCUGGACCCUGGCAAGAAGCGGGGUGGGCUGUGGUGGACCUACGUCUUCAGCCUGGUCUUUAAGGCCGGCAUAGAUGUCACCUUCCUCUAUGUGUUCCACUCCUUCUACCCCAGAUACAUCCUCCCUCCUGUGGUCAAGUGCCACUUGGCUCCCUGUCCCAACACAGUGGACUGCUUCAUCGCCAAGCCCUCUGAGAAGAACAUCUUCACUGUCUUUAUGGUGGUCACGGCCGUUGUCUGCAUCCUGCUCAACCUCGUGGAACUGUCCUACCUCGUGAGCAAGCGGUGUCGGGAGAGACUGGCGGCACCGGUGGGGCAUGUCCCAGACUGUGUCACCGCUUCCUGCAAGCAGAACGACCUCCUCUCAGGAGACCUCAUCUUUCUGGGCUCUGACGUUCACCCUCCGCUCCUGCCAGACGGUCCCCGAGACUAUGUGAAGAAAACCGCCGUGUGAGGGGCUGCCUGGCUGGACCUGUGGCGCGGGCCUGGCCUGGGAGGUUCUGGCUUUUCUCACAAGUGCAGUCUGAGGGUGGAGGAGCGGGGUAAUGACUUAGAGGCAGGCCCAAGGGAGGACUCAGGUGGCAUGGGGUCCAGUCCCUAUUUCUCAUCUCCAAGUCCUGGCCCCAGCUCUGGCGACCUGGACAGGUGGUGGUCCCUCUGCCCUGUACCUCAGUUUCUCUGCUGUAAAAUGCCGAUGUAGAGGACCACCACGUGGGGGGUGGGUAAGGAGCAGCUUAAUCGGAGAACAGGUAGGCAAGCACCUUUGAUGUGAGGCCCACGGUCAGGGCUUAAUAAAGGUCAAUGCAUUCACUGA